CUUUGCAGUGCUAUGUGGCUGAGAGUGUUGAGGGGGAGGAAAGGACUCUGCUUCCCAGGGGUCACCCAGUAAGUUGCUAUUUGUUGUUCUGGCCUAAGGACCAUCCCUCUGCAAUGCCAGCCGUCCUCAUUCAUCCAGACCUCUACUGACAGGUGUUUAUGCAAGAACGGCACCAAAUCCCGCCAUCUUCCCAGUAAGGAUUAGAAAGCUAAUAGUCUUAUAAUGGAUCCUAUAUCAUUUAAUGCUCCCACACAAUCAGCACGUAAUGAUGAGGUUCUGGAAUACAAUCUCCAGCUGACAGGCUCUUUGACUCUCAAUGCUUUCACUACAAUGCCCAUGUUACCUUGGAUAGUGGCAGAGAUCAAGAGGAAAAGUCUGUCCAGGUCCAAUAACUUACAACCUGUCCGGCUCUUUGUGUCAGCCACGUGCCUCUGCUGUGAGCCAGAUCCAGGGGGAAGCCAGCAGUGGGAUCCUUUAAUCUUCUCUAGCAUCUUUGAGUACAAUCCUCUACGUGUCCAGAAACUGAUCCAUAACAGCCAGGAUCCCAAUUACUUUGCCUGUCUGCUAAAGGAAGAUGACAUCAUACAUCGCCAAAGCACGUGUUAUGUCUUCCGGUCUGCUGACAAAUCCAAAGUGCCUGAGAUAAUUGGCGCUAUUAGACAAGCUGGAAAACUUGCACGUCAAGAGGAGAUUCAUUCCCAUUUAUGUGAUGGAGACGAUGCUUUCUCCAAAAAGUUUGAAGUCCUGUUCUGUGGCCGUGUGAUUGUCGCUCACAAGAAGGCGCCUCCAGCUUUGAUAGAUGAAUGCAUUGAAAAGUUCAACCAUGUCAGCUGUACCAAAAAGAAAGACGACGAAUCUCCGGCCCCUCAGUUGGACACUAGCACUAGAAUAUUGUUUGGGGACAAACUAAAGUCUUUUUUCCAUUCGACGUUUGACGAUGGAGAGAAGAACAAACCCAUUCGCAAAUCCUAUUCCCAGCCUGGCUUAAGAACUAACUCCUCAUUUACAAGGGAAUGGGACGAUGGCCACUGCAGCCUUCCAGUAUCCUUUGAGGAAAGUGACAUUUAUUUUGAUUUCCAAAACCCAUCCGAGGCUCAGAACUUUGUGCUGCCAACAGACAUGGAGGAAAACCAAACUAUGCUGUUCACGAUUGGUCAGACGGAAGUUUACCUAAUCAGCCCCGAUACAAAGAGAAUUGUCAUUGAAAAAAGCUUUAAAGAAAUAUCCUUUUGUUCUCAGGGAAUCCAGCAUGCAGAUCACUUUGGUUUCAUCUGCAGAGAACCUUUACAGUAUGGAGGUUGUCACUUUGUUUGCUAUGUAUUUCAGUGCACAAAUGAAGCUCUGGUGGAUGAGAUCAUGCUGACGCUGAAGCAGGCCUUCAGUGCAGCUGCUGUGCAGCAGAACACCAAGAACCCUAUGCCACUGUGCGACGGCUGCCCUAUGCAAUGCAUGCACAAACUGUGUGAGAAGAUAGAAGGUCUUCCACCAUCAAAGACCAAACUUGAAUUACAAAAACACAUGACCACAUUAAAUAGCCAGGAACAGGCCUCUGUGUGUGAGGAAGUACAGAAAAUACGCCCCCGAUCGGAGCAGAGAGAGAACGAGCUGAUCAUCUCCCGCCUGAGGUGUCUGUAUGAGGAAAAGCAGCGGGACCACGUCCACAGUGCCGAACCAAAGCAGGUUUCUCAGGUUUCCGACUACUCCCUGAACGCGCUGCAGAGCGGUGCGCCCCGCUUCAGGCUGGAACUACUGAAGAGCAAAGCAAAGAGAUCAAUAACCGAGUCUCUGGAGAGUAUUUUGCUGAGGGGGAGUAAGAGUCGAAGUCAGCAGGACAGCGCUGGAAGCAUGGAUGAUGACGGCACGCUAUGCACGCCGCUGGAAUACGGUAGUAAGGAUGAAACCGCUCCUUCAUUUUGUGGACUAGAUCCAACAUUUUCUCCCGAGCUCCCUCUAAAGGCUCAUGGCUCCAUGGGUGACUUACCAAAGGGAACAGAGAAAUCACCCUGCGAGCAUCCGGGAGAAUUAUCUCAUCCAGGAUUCCGACGCCGAGCUAACACGUUGAGUCAUUUUCCUGUCACAUCUCAGGAUUUAGCAGAGCCUGUGCAGAAAACCCCAUCUGUUCCUCAGAGGAAGCUUAUGCGGCAUCACUCCGUGAGCACAGAGACGCCACACAAAAGCAAUUCCAGCACAGCUUCCAGCCAGCCUGAUAGCAGCUCAGCACCGUGUGAGGAAGCUUCCCCUUCUCCUCCUGUCACUGCCGCCUCCUCCCUUGUAUGCCUCAAAAAACUAAAGCACAACAGCAGCGGGGAGCCAGGUGGUCCAGUCACACACAAGAGCCUUUUCUACCGUUCUUCUCUGCGAAAGAAGCUUCAUUCUUCCUCCUCAGUCCCAAACUUUCUAAAGUUUCUGGCUCCUGUAGCCGAGAACAGUACAGCCGAGUGUAGCCAACAACGGCGAGGUGCUCGGUCAGUGUGCAAAGGAGAGAUGGGAAUUCCUACAAAUAGGAUUAAUGAAGCCGAUUACUCUUUAUUCGGCUGCCAGAGAGAAAAAAAAAAUGAUUUUGAGUGUAAGUCCACCCUUAAAGAAGUGGGAAACAGUAGCCCGGUGAGGACACGCCGACAUUCUUGGAGGCAGCAGAUCUUCCUGCGUGUGGCAACCCCACAGAAGGGAUGUGAUUCUCCUAAUAGAUAUGACGAGCGUACAGAACUGGGUGACGUUCCUCCCAGGUCCCCACUACUGCCUGUUCGAGAGGAUGGUCCAAUUGGUUCAGUGAUAGCGGUCAGGCACCGGACUCCAGGGGAGCUCAGGGAGCUUUGGAAGAAAGCCAUCAUACAGCAGAUUCUGCUUCUCAGGAUGGAAAAGGAAAACCAAAAAUUGCAAGCUUCAGAAAAUGAUUUGCUGAAUAAGCGCCUGAAGCUGGACUAUGAAGAGAUCACUCCCUGUCUUAAAGAAGUGACAUUGGUAUGGGAAAAACUGCUAAGCACUCCUGGAAGAUCGAAAAUUAAGGCCGACAUGGAAAAAAUUCAUGCUGCUGUUGGGCAAGGCGUCCCACGUCAUCACCGCGGGGAAAUAUGGACGUUUUUAGCAGAGCAGCAUGAGUUGAGACAUCAGGUCCCCAGCAAGAGCCUGCUGAAAGAUAUUCCCUACAAAGAAUUACUAAAGCAACUGACCACUCAGCAACACGCAAUCCUUAUUGAUCUGGGACGCACCUUCCCGACACACCCAUACUUUGCAGCUCAGCUGGGAGCGGGACAGCUGUCACUGUACAACAUUUUGAAGGCCUACUCCUUACUCGAUCCUGAAGUUGGCUACUGCCAGGGGCUAAGCUUUGUCGCCGGAAUUCUGCUGCUUCACAUGAGUGAAGAGGAUUCUUUCAGGUUGCUGAAGUUUCUGAUGUAUGACAUAGACAUGAGGAAACAGUACCGGCCUAAUAUGGUCACGUUACAGAUCCAAAUGUAUCAACUUUCUCGACUGCUUCACGACUAUCACAGAGACCUGUACAAUCAUCUAGAAGAGUUUGAGAUUGGACCCAGCCUCUAUGCCGCUCCUUGGUUUCUCACCAUGUUUGCUUCUCAAUUCCCUUUAGGCUUUGUGGCCAGAGUCUUCGAUAUGAUUUACCUUCAGGGAUCAGAAGUAAUAUUUAAAGUGGCUCUGAGCUUGCUGGGCAGUCACAAGCCCUUAAUUUUGCAACAAGAAAAUCUUGAGUCCAUUGUAGAAUUUAUAAAAAACACUCUUCCAAACCUGGGUCUGGUUCAGAUGGAGAAAACGAUAAACCAGGUGUUUGAAAUGGAUAUUUCAAAGCAGCUGCAGGAUUACGAGGUGGAAUACCAUGUACUUCAAGAUGAACUGAUCGAUUCUUCUCCCCUCAGCGACAAUCAGAGAAUACACAAGUUGGAAAAGGCAAAUAAUACGUUGCGCAAACAGAACUUUGACCUGUUGGAGGAGUUGCAGGUUUCUAAAGGAAGGAUCCAAAGUCUAGAAUCGACAAUAGAGAAUUUACAGACUAACGAGGUGAAAUUAAAGCAGUCGGUCCGUACUUUUGAGCUGGAAAGAUCAGCCUUGCUAAACACCAUCGAAGAACUGAAAAAACAGAUUAGAGUCCACAGUGAACUCUGUACAGAUAAACAAGAAUCCUUAUGAGCAUUUCAAAUACUACACAGGACUAUGCCCGGGCAAUUUCUUUCCGUCUCCAUACUGAGCCCCACCAGGAACUGCACGCAGGGAGGACCUUGAGUGUCCGGAUGGAAUCCUCUCCCAUUGGAUUGUAAUUUUAAAGCCAUUGUGACAUCACAUUUCUGUAGGCGUUUCUGUUCAUUCCUACAUGUUUUCUUCAUUGACAAAUUCCAUACAAUUUUAUAUCCACAUAGUGAGGAAAGCAAUCGUUUUAGAAUAUAUAUUUUUUUUAAAUACGUUUUAGACCACAGAAGUUUGGAUAAUGUGAUCUAUCUGAAGCGUUAAUAUGUUACACGUUCCCAUAUUCUUGUGCGGCCAAGAAAAUGGGACUAUACACUGUAGGUGCAUUGGUUUUAAUAUAUAUAUUUUUUUUUUGCAUUUUGUAUAAAGAAAAGCUGCUCUGAAAGUGACAAUAUUGUGGAACUGCUGCUGUGUUUUACUGAAUUGUCCCAUUAUAUAAACCCAACCAAAUGCUGCUUCGAAAUCAAAGACUGUGUGGGUAUGAAAAUCUGCUUUGCUGUAUAAGCACAGCAAUACCUAAUGUCAAGGCAUGGACAUGUUUUACAUGCAGGAAUGCAGGUGAUAAGAUGAUGUAUUGUUCUUCACCUACAUGUACUUUUUGUAUAGUUUCCCUGUAAAAUGUGCAGCAUUUUGCCAUGAUUAGUUGGAGAGCACAAAUGUAAACACCUGGAAUUCACAUUGUACCUUUUCUUAAGUGACCUAUAUAUUUAUGGCUAGAAAUUAAAGGGGAGCUAUACUAAGCCUUGGAGCGAGAUAAAGUGGAGAGAGAUAAAGUACUAACGCUGCUUUAUUGACACUUUACACGCUGUGCAGGGAAAAUUACAUGUGCUGAUUGGCUGGUAGUUUAUAUAUCUACUUUAUCAUUCUCCAAGGCUUAGUAAAUGUGCCCCUAAGUUUUGUCUUUCUGGGGUUUUUUUUUAGUUGUUGUUUAUGUUUUUUUACAUUUUUUUUUCUGUACAAAUGCAAGCUAUUUUUAACAUUUUAAGGGGGGCGAUUCAAUUAACCGCAAAGAUCAAGUUCUCAGUAGCCUCACUUGUUUAAGGUAAUGAUAAAAUAUCUCUAGGCGGAGUGAUCACAAAUUAAGCACUCAGUGUUACCUAGACAUCAUUCGGACACCUAAUGCGCAACUUUAUUAUGGAACCUUGCAGAAAAUUGAAUCGCCCUUAAUGAUUGCUGUGCUUUAACCUUAUUUGUAAAUACAUGCGGCUUUAACUUUUUAUCGAAAUGAUUUAUUUGUUGAGUUAGUUAUUAUAUAUUUUUUCACAGUACUGUUCAUUUCACAUUUUAAGCUAUCUUUUGGCUGGUAGUCACGUACUGUUAUUGCAGCUUAGGCUGGUGAUCACUUUUUGUCAUGUUACGCAAAGGCAGCUCAUGGGCUGCAGCUGAAACCCAAUAAGUAAAAACAUGUCUAUUUUUGUAUGACUUGUGUCACAGUACAUAAACUUUAAUAUUGCACACGGAGUACUGGCUACAUGAUUGUUUGAACACACAAAACAGAAAUAGAUGUGGUCUUUGUAAUAUUAAAUAGCAACUUAUUCUCAUAAA